GAAUUGAGAUUUUAGUUAAAUUAUGGAAAUUUUGAAGCAUGUAAAGAGGAAUUCAAGGUGACGGUUUGGGCUUAGAGGUGGGAGUAUGGGGGUGUAUUGGAGGGAUGUGGGUGUGAAUGGACUCUGGUAGGUGAUCUGUGCUGGCUGGCUUUUGAAUUUUGAAAAAAGGUUAAGUUUGAGAUAAAUUUUGAUUGAUGUCUUGUUUUUAUCUGAGGUGAAGAGAUUCAUGAGUUAGAGUCUAAGAUUAUGUAGGUAUAAUCGGUCAGCGUGGUUUGGAUCAGAAGUGAGAAGUAUGAUUAACAAGGAUGUAAUGGGUAACCAGAAGGUAAAGAAAUGAGAGACAAUGAAAGGGAAUUGGGCUAAUGAAAGGCCAAUGAUUGGCAUCUUUACUCAACCUUACAAUGAGACCAAUGAUUACAUCAUGGCAUCCUAUGUAAAAUUUAUUCAAGCAGCAGGAGCUAGAGUGGCUCCGAUUAUCUGGAGAGACUCUGAUGAACACAUCCUUAAUUUAGUUCCAAAGCUGAAUGGUGUACUAUUCCCUGGGGGUUCUACUCCUUUUAGAAAUAGAGAUGGUUCUCUCACUGAGCAUUCAAGAAAAGUAGAGCUUGUGCUCAACAAAGCUAAAGAUCUAAACAAUCAACUAACUUCUCAACCAUCCCUCCACUCCUAUUACCCAAUUUUAUCUAUCUGUAUGGGAUUCCAACAAAUAAUCCAAAGCGAAGCCCCUUACCAAGACGUCGUACAACUCCACAAAUUCACCGAAAUCGAUGUAUCCAACACCCUCACCAUCACCUCCACCACCUCUAAAUCCACUCUCCUCUCCCAAAUCCCUCCUCACUUACUCACUGCUCUCCAAAACCAGCGCAUUAUCUACUAUCAUCAUCGAGACGGAAUAGUUCCAUCCACCUGGGAAAAAUACUCUAGCCUUAAAGACAACUACCACUUGCUAGCGACCUCCCACGAUAAGAAUGGAAUUGAAUAUGUUGCCAUUAUCGAGAGCAAGAAGUACCCAAUCUGGGGUGUGCAGUUCCACCCAGAGAAGAACGCUUUCUCAUGGAAAGCAGGUUCUAAAAUACCUCAUUGCAAGAGCUCAAUAGAGUUCAGCCAGUUCUUAGCCAAUUUCUUUGUGAAGGAAGCCAGGAAGAACUCUAACAAGUUCGACUCUGAAGAAGAAGCCUUUGAACAUAUGAUUGAACACUUCCCUGUUCAUGUUAAUAACGAAAGAAAGCAUGAUGUAUAUAUUUUCGAUGGGGAAAGGAAACCUUAG